AUGUUUGAUAAAAAAGAUUAUACAAGUAAUAAGAAAAAAGAUACAGAAUCUUUUAAAAAAUCAGAUGAUAAUUUAUCAACAUAUAACAAUAAAGAAAGCACAAGUAACUUUGAAAAAGGUGAAAACAAUAAUAGUUAUGAUUCUGAGUUAAAAAAAAUUUAUAAUAAUAUAGAUUGCAAUAAGGAAAAUUUUAAAUUACAAGUAGAAACGGAAAAUAAUAAUAACGAGAAUAAAGACUUUUUUUAUGAUAGUAGCAUAAAUAACAAAGGUAUAAAAACGAAAAAAAUUCAAUCAUUAAAUAGAAAUACUAGUGAAUUUUUUCAAAGUAGUGAUGAUAUAAGUAGUAAUAUUAGUACCAAUAUUAGAAAGUCAAAUAAUAAAAUUAAUAAUAAAUUUAAAAUAAAUAAAAAUUUAGAAGAAGAUAGAAAAGAAAUAAAAAAUUAUAAACUAAAUGACUUUAGUGAACUACAAAAUAAUAUAUAUGAAAGAAGUUUAAAUAAUUCACUAAAUUUAACAAGGAACGAAAUAAUUUAUUAUUGUGAAAAUAACAAAAUGAAUAAACAUUUUUCUGAAUCAUUAAGCAAAAAUAAUUUAAAAUUAAAUAUGAAUAAUAAUAUAUAUAAUGAUGACAUAUUUUAUAAAACGAAAAAAAUGAGUAAUGAUAGAAAUAAGACACAAAAAAAAUCUACUUUUGGAUGUAAUUUAAAAAAGGCAAAUAAUAAUGAUUAUGAAAAUGAUAAUAUGAUAUUCAGUCAAGGAACAAAGAAGUCUUUUGAUAUAAAUGAAAAGUGUAUGAAUAAUAACACGAAAAUUAAAAUAAAAAGAUUAUGUGAAAAAAUUGAAGGUUUCGAAAAAGAAAUAAAAAAUGAAAUCCUUCAAAAAAAAAAUGUUGAAAAAGAAAAAAUAUAUAUUAUAAGAGAAGCAAUUAAUAAAUUAGAAAAAAAUUUAAAUAAUGAAAUUAAAAAAAGAAUUGAACAUAAUAGAAAUAUUCAAAAUAUAUUUACUUCUGAAAUCUUAAAAGUGCAAGAAAAAAUUGAAAAUGUAGUUAAUGAUAAAGUUAAUGAAAUUGAAAAUGCUAUUAAAGUUUUAAAUGAUAAAAUAAAUACAAUUAGUGUUAAUAUUGAAAAUGAAAAAAUAAAAUGUAUUCAAAAUUUGGAAAAAAAAAAUAAUAAUAUAGCAAAGGAAUUUUCUAACUUACAAUCAUCUUUUCAUCAAGAUAAAAUCAACAAUAAAGAAAAAGAGAAUAGUAUUUGCAAAAAGCUAGAAGAAAUAGAAAAGAAAUCAGAAAAUAAAAUUGAAAUAGAAAAGAAUAUUCGUGAUAGUAAAUAUCAAGAAAUAAUAUCUUAUAUAGAAGAAAUAAAAAGAGAAAAAAAAAGUAAAAAUGAAAAUUUUCAAAAUUUUGUAUUAGAAGAAAUAGCAACAGUAAAAAAUGGUUUGAUUUUAGAAUCACAAGCAAGAGAAGCAGCUGAUGAUGAUAUUGUUCAAGCAGUUAAUCAUUAUACUAAAGCAUUACAAGAUUCUCUUAGACUUAUUAAUUCUAAUUAA